UUUGAAUACGCAAACAGGAAGUAAAGCAGCUGCAGUCAGUUGAGCUGCAGUUUACAGAUAUUUGACACAAACCCUGUAAAACUCGCUGAAAAAAAACAACCUGCCAGUAAUGAGAAGCACGGCAUGGCAGACAGACAGGACAAUGAGGUGGAGGAGGCUGAGCAGGUGUAUCUGCUGAUGAAAGAGGAGUACAGGAUCUCGCGCAACGUGCGUCUGUCCUGGUUCCUCAGCCGACUCAAUCAGGUUAUUCAGCCCAGUCCACGGUCUGAGCUGGAUGACAGCACAGGAGAGAUGAUCUUCGACGAAGUCUUCCAUGCUCUGUCGCGCUGCUUAAUCGGUCUGGCAAAACCCUUUACAAUCCCAGGAACGGAUCAUGUUUUCCAGCCCAAAAUCUUCGUCACUAUUUUGGCAUAUUCCUCCAUCAUUGGCCUUAGUUCUCACCAGGUGUUGGUUCAGGGCUGUCAGCUGGACUGUAUGGAUUUGGAGCAGUUCUUGCAUCAGAUCUAUCAGCAGUUGAGAGCCGUGGAGAGCAGCAUCGCUGAAGUCUUACAGCAGCAGCACAAUCAGUUCAAUGGUUCUGUCUAUCAGUGUUUCUCCAAUGAUGCUGUGGAGGAAGUGUCUCAGAGAAAGCCAGGGGUUUCUAUGGUGACUGCAGACGUCGGGCUGGUCAGUAUGGUGAGGCAGGGGAUUCUAGCACUGCAACUUUUGCCUCCAAACUCUGGUGCAGGGAUAAUAAUCAUCACAGACGGAGUGACGAGCGUUCCUGAUGUCGCUGUGUGUGAAACUCUACUGAAUCAGCUGAGAAGUGGAACCAUUGCCUGUUCAUUUGUUCAGGUCGGGGGUGCCUACUCUUAUGACUGCAGUUUUGGCUACAUCCCCAACGUGGAGCUGAUGAAGUUCAUCUCAAUGGCGACCUUCGGCUCAUAUCUGUCCAUGUGUCCAGAGUCGCACUGUACAGGCGACGAGAUGAACGCUUACCAUCGCGCCUUCCUCACAUACUCCUUCCUAAAAACCGGAGAGUCCAUGAACCCAGAGUACUACUGCUUCUCUCAGCACAGGCUCUUUAAUGAACACCUGGUGUCAGCCAGUGGAAACCCCGCCUUAGUAAUGCGCAGGAAGAAACACACAGAGAAGGAAGUGCAUGCAGAUUUGAUCAGCGUUCUGUCCAUCAGACUGAGAGAGGGAUACAGCAUACGAGAGCUCAACAUCACUAAAGGAGGAAGUCAGCUGGAGGUGAAGCUAGUUCUCCUCUGGAAGCAUAACAUGCGCAUUGAAUACCUUGCUAUAGCAUCUUGGCCCCUUGAGCCAACCAAACGCACAACAUGGGUUGAGGUAACAAUGGAGGGCAGCUAUGACAUACUUCACGACAUCAGCUGCACCAUGAGGAAACCUAUCACCAGCCCCUACCGGACGUCUGUGAUCCGCCGCUUCUGGAACACUCUGCAGAGCAUAAAUCAGACCGAUCAGAUGUUGGUUCAUCUGCAGUCCUUUAAUUCCAUAUCAGAGCAUUACACUAUCCCUGAAAGCACGAAAAACGGUGUUCCUCUAUUUUACAUCCCACCUGGAUCCACCACACCGGUCCUCUCUCUCCAGCACAACGGCUCCAAAGACUUCAGCCAAUCACAGUUUGCCUCGUACUGGAAGCCUGUCCUGUCCAUGGAUGCCAACUUCUGGCAGCGCUGGCUGCACAUGCACCGCAUCACUAUCAUUCUGGAGCAUGACAUGCCGGUCCCGAAGCAUGUGCACAACGCAGGAAGUAAUGGUCGAUUCAGUACCGUGCAGUGCCGGAUCUCUCACUCUGCACUCACAUCACUGCUCAAAGACUGGAGCAGUUUCGUCCUGGUGGAGGGAUAUUCAUACGUCAAACUCAUUUACAGUGUCUCUGAGCUGCCGCCGGUCUCCUUCUAUCUGGUGCGUCUGAUCUCUAAAACUCCCUGUAUGGUGCUGCGAUUGGGCUUCCCGAUAGGGACUCUGGCUCACACCAGGAACAAGAUUGUGGAUGAACUUCGAGAGCAGAUCCUUCGGCUGCGGUUUCCUCAUCGGGUCCAGAAUAAAGAGGCGACGCCGAAAACCAAACGGAAAAUUCUGGGGCAUUCAUCGCCCUCUAAAUCCCCACCUCUGCCUGCUCCAAAACCAGCACUGUCUGAUCGGCGGUGUGUGGUGGUGCUCAACAAACCUCUGGAAAAACUGCUCAUCAGGUACGAGAAGCUCCCGUCUGAUUUCCGCACCCCUUUCAUCCUGAACAUGGAGCCGUUUGCUCAGCCGUCCCUCAUGGGCGUCCCUCUCAGUGUGGCCGCCAGCAGAACCGCUUCCUCCACCGUGGCGUCGCUCUCUCGAUACUUCCUGCAUCAGCGCUGGGUUUGGGCCUUACAGAACGGAUCGGGAACUACCGUAUCGCUUUACGCUGUUGCUCGUAUCCUCUCCAUGCUCUCUGAUAUUCGUCUGUCUGAAGGCUUUCACUUUGCCUCUAGUGGGGAGGGAAUCGUCAACAUGGUGACAGAACUGCCAAUGCAGAGUCUGCCAGCAGAUUUGGAUGGUGAAAAACACACCUGCAUAGUCCAGUAUAUUUUAUUUCCACCUCAUUCCACUUCUACCAAGGACAGUUUCUCCACAGAUGAUGAUAAUGACACUGAAGUAGAGGCUAUAGACGUGGACACGGAGCUGAGUUUGGUGACCGAGUGCUGGAUUGAGCCUCAAAGUGGAUCCGUUUGCAGCUCGCUGGACCUGCAGAGACACUUCCACAACCUCACGUAUCAGCAGAUCCCUCAGGCUGUUUUUCCACGUGAUCUGUCAUGCAUGACGACAAUGAUCACAUUCGAAUACCUCAUUCAGCUGUGUCAGAAUAAAGAGCAGGUGUGUCCGCUAAACUGCGUCAGAGAUGCUCCAGGUGAGAUUUUCUCCUCCUCCACCGCUGCUGAUGACUGCAUACACACUGUGCCUUUACAGUUCGACCUGAUGAAACUCCUGCCCAAGUGCCAGCAGAUUGAGCUCUUCUUCUACACCUUUAGCCAUGAAAGCCAAGCGGACUCGUCCCGUAAUGCCUCGUCUCUGCCCAACGACCUCCUGCUUUCGCUCUUCCACGGGUCUCUGCAGAACGAGCUGAGCGACCGCGAGAUCCCACUGACACAUGAAGAUCACGUCACAUUCAUGCAUCACAUCCUUGAGCGGGAAAGAGACGGUCAUGUGGCUCCAUUCUCACUACCUGUCAUUAAAGAAGAGAGUUUGAAGCCUCCGGAGAGACAGGACACGGUUCUUUCUUUCCACACUAUAGGAAGCAGUAAAGAAGUGACGGGAUCUUCCAGUACACUUCAGAGUUUCAGUAAUGUGGAUCUUGCGGAUGAAGAGCCAGCUGGAGCGGAGCCGGGCGGUUUAUCUCCUCGCUGGAAAUGUUACGCCAAAUACAUCAGCCAUCAGCAGAUCCUGCUCACGUUCCUGCCAGCCACGUUUACAGAUGUGCAGAUUUUGAUGUCUUCUGGGCUGGAGACUGAGUCUUCAAUCAACAGCAGUGCUCUGGAAGAGGAGGAGACCUGUAAUCAUGGCAACAGCCAAUCACGGGCAGACUCCAUCAGCAGCACUGCCAAUGGUCCACAGGGUAAUGCUGAUUUAAAAACGGGUCAACAUGAAGACCAACCCGAAGCAGAGCUGGAGACAGAACAGACCAACACUCGUGUUACAGAGAAGGACGGUGUGCAGUUUGUAGAGCCGCAGAAGCGAGAGUGUCACAUCACGUUCAGCAGGCAGGCAUCUCAGCAGAGCAGCAGUGACGCGGCCCGCCCUCGCUGUCCCAUAUACAUCUACAACUGCUCUCUGGACUCCCUCAAAGAGCAGCUGGUCCACCCGCGCUCCGGACGCCAGCCCAGAGACCUCUUCUUCAGACCUCAAGAGACAGACACCUGGGAGUUCAAUCAGCAGCCCAGAUACAGGUCGAUCUCUCAGGAGCGCAGCACCAGCACCUCGUCCUCGACGGAGCACAAGAUUCCACCGGUGCUGGCCAACUACCACAGCCUCCUGCAGGAGCAUUACUACCACAGCUACGUCAAAGGUGUCUAUCGCAGUCUGCAGCAGUCGUAUAACGUGAGCUCUCAGGACGUCCUGACAGCCAUGGACUACUGCGAGGAGUCGCUGCAGGAGAUCGACAUCACGUCCUUCCUGCAGACGCUCUGUGGACAUGUGCGUGUGUUUCGAGAACGCCAUGAGCUGCACGGCAAAUCCAGCAAUGGCCCCACAACCUUCAUCAUUGGGGAGGCAGAGGAAGAUGGAGCCGACAGGGCCACGCUCGUGUCUUCAUCCAGUGUUGAACUGGAGGAUGUGAGUGAAACCGAUUCCAGAGGAAAACUCUCUGUUCCCCCGUCCCCGCUGAACCUGGACGAACCAAAGUCACCCAAAAUCCCAGAAUUCCCUCUGUCUCUUCUCCAGUCCCAGCAGAAGUGUGAAGUCUAUCCUGAUUUGCACAAAAUCGUACAGGAUAAAUUCAUGGAAAUUGGUGCUCAGUAUUUCAAGACCGUGCCGUCCAAUCCGCAUUACUUCUUUUACUGCCUCCAGUCUUCCAAAAAAGAGGAGGACUCGGACAAAGAAGAAGAACGAAGGCCCAGUGACGAGUGUGAGCUUUCUGAAGCUGAACUGGCCACAGAAGAUGAGAACGUGUCCGGCUGCUGCAUCGUGACAGAGAGCGAUACAGAUCUGGAGGUGGAGUAUCAGGAAUGUGGGAACGUUAAAGCGGAUGCUGGAGAAGCAGAGGGAGCCGCAGGUGAAUCUCCGUCAGACUCCAACACGGUGAACCAGGAUGAGGACUCCUUCAGUAUUCUGGAUGGAGACUCUCUGCUGGAGGUGGAGAGUCCGCAGCCGGAGCUCCCACCACUGUUUGUUCAUCUCACCUGCUCCGUCAACAUGAAGAGCAGCCACGGCUCCAUGCCCACGCAGACACUGCCAACCUGCCUGAGCGAGAUCAUCUCCUGUCUGGAGAAUGCAGAGAGUCUUCAGUCUGUGGAUCUGAAUGAGCUGUCGGUCACUCUGGAUAUCUAUGUUCUCACUCUGCCUCUAGAGAUCGAGGUUUUGGCUCCUGACGCUCGACACAUCAGGAACACAUCUGAGAGCAGCGUGUCGUUGAAUCGUUCCCCUGCUCAGCCUUCAUCUUAUCGCUCUGAUGAGGAGCUCAUGGGGAAUCUGGACGGUCUGCGGGUCGGUGAGGACAGUAUGUCUGGAGAUCCACUGUCUAAACUCCCUGUACCGCACAAGAUGGCUGUUUUAGCCACUAUGGAUGAGAUCCGCUGGCUGCUGGAGGAUGAGAUGGUGUCUGCUCUACGUCUGUCUUCAGUCAUCAGCUCCUCCACGCUGCAGAAAGUGUCUGAUCAUGUGCGGCGCUCCAGCGGACGCCCGCAGUGCCUCUUUGAGAUCGUCCCCCUGAAGUUCGUCUUCGGCCCCGAGCAAUCGCUGGAAAAGUUUCAAGAGGAGUUCAAGAGGUUAUCGCUGGCCGGUUACCUGCUGAACGCGGAGCAGCACAACUUCCACUACGUCUCUCUGAGUCGCCAGCAGACGCACAAGAUCCAGACGGCCAGAGAAAUAAACAUCACUGCUGAACACGGGACAGUGCAGAGUCUAGUGGCAUCCGCAAACAUCUGCACUAAAGAGCUGGAGCCGGAGGGUGCGUGUGGAGACUCACAGCAGCUUCAGCAUGCGGUCAGAGAUGAUGAAAACACACGAGCGGCGGCUCCAGACUCUGCCAGCGAGUCUCUCUCUGAAACCUCAGACAGUGGAUUGGUGAAGCAGAGCGAUGUGGAGGAUCCUCCAGCUCACCUGCAGACGGCCAGCAGCACUGAACACACCACUCCUCCAAAAACACCCUCUGCUGCCAGCCUGGCCGAGUCUGUGCAGUCCAACACACACAGCAGUGGGAAGCUGCGGCCCAGUCGAGUUCAGAGUGUGGUGUCCAGUCAGGGCAGCCUGGACUCAGACAUGCUGGGUUACGACGGUGGCAGCAGCGACUCGGAGUGUGAAGGACCCACGAUGAACGAGCAGGAGAAGCAGACGCCGCUCAUGCCUGAUUUCUGGCUCAUCAUCAGGAUCCAUCAGGACCGGGUGCAGGUUUUCUCUCACUCCAGGAGUUUGCAUCGAGGGAAAGAGGAGGAAGAGGAGGAGGAGAUCCCCGAAUACCUGCGCCUUCAUCAGCUGGUGGUGCGCAGGAUUGGAGAAAUGUGCCGAAUAGUCAACCAGCGCCUCCUGCUGCAGGAUCUGCAUGACAGUCGUGUGUGCCACUCUCUCCUGGUGGCGGAGAGUGAGGAGGACAUCUGGAAACAUGAGUCGCUCUACCGGCCCCGGAUGACCCACUCUGAUGACUAUAAUGCUGACGAGAGCUAUCAGCGGCGGGAUUACCUCGCCGCCACCAUGCACUUCAUACCGGGUUACUUCGCCUGUGACGUGGUGUGGAGCACCGUUAUUUACAUCCACCCGCGGCUCAAGAUGGGGCCCAACAUGGGUGUGUCCCGCGCUAUGCAGGCUCUGCACUCCGUUCUCAACGCUUUCUGUGUGGUGAACCGCAAAAACAUGUUUGUCUAUCAGGAGCGCACCACUAAAUCUGUGUUCUACCUCCGGCUCUCCGAGACGUCUCAGGCAGGGAAGUACAGUGAUUUGGAUGGAAACGUGCACAUGUCGCGCUCUGUCGGUCUGGCUCGCAGCCAGGAGCCGCUAGGCUCAGAGGACCUCACGGGAUCGCGCUCGUCUCUGGAAGGCUCGAGGCCAGUUGGACUGGUGGACAAACACAUUCUGCUGCUAGUUCAUGGUGUAGGAACUGCAGGUCCAGAGAUCUCGGAUGAGCUGAUGAAGCUCUUGAGGAAGCGUCUGGAUGAAGCCACACUGGACAUUAUUACAGUCAUGCUGGUCAGAAACUGCAAACUGACCCCUGCAGAUGUGGAGUUUAUCCAGCCUCCCGGGUCUCCAGCGACGGAGGUGAUGGAGUUCUGUCUGCCUCAGUACUGUGGGCCGUGGAUCCAGGCGGUGGCUCACUAUCUCCGGCAGAACCUGCUCAUUUUUCUCCACAUCCCCAAAUACACUGACAGCAACAUCGAGCACCACUUUAAGCAUUAUUUCCAUUCAAGUAGCGAGCUGCCCGAUCAUGACAUCUACCUGUACAAUAAACCUGGAGGACAGGGCACCGGAGGCAAAGGUAUCGUCUGCAUCGUGCUGUCGUUCGUGGAUGAUAAAGGCUGUGCGCUGUUGCUUACUGCUCAGGACGCCAGUGUUUCGGCUGUAAGAGGAGAUGCCACCGCCAUUUCCAUCCAGCCGGACCAGUUUGAGACCUUGACAACCGUUGUCAAGGUGGACUCUCGCAACCAGAGCUCAGGUGUUCGCGUGCGCUUUGACGUGUGGGAGCAGGGGAACAUCGAUCCUCUACAGCUGGCAAACAGACUGAAAGCUGCUCUACGCCACGCUCUCUGUGAUGUUAUUAUGGAGAUGCGUGUACUGCCCAGUCCACUGUGUCUGGACACCUUCUGCCUGCCCACUGCCACCCCGCGGGAGGAGAGCUCAGUUCCCUUAAGUCUUGUGCCGUCAGACAGUAAGGAGCAGAAGAAGACUCCUCGGCGUCCCAGCACAGAUCAAGCUCUCAGAAGCAGCCCGUCUCCCAUCAGCCUGAUCUCUGCACCCGCUUCCACCCCGACCACAGGAACCAGCACUCCCGAAUCCACAACACCCACCGGGAAAAGCACUCGCCGCAGCUUCUGGGAGAUGCUGAGCAAACCAGAGACUUCUGAAAUUGGCAGUCCGAAGACAACGGAUGAUAUUAUACCGGAGCGAGCGGAGGAUAGUCGGAUGGGAAGACGCAGACACAAGACGGAGAACGUCAAACAGUGGAGCCAUGAGAAAGCCAUGGCUGUGGAACAAGAGCAGGCUCAGAGGAGACGUGCGGUUCAGUUGGAGGAAGGAGAUACGGGGACUCUUCAGCCUGUUUACCAGACCACAUACAUGCCCUGGGUCAUGUUCAUGAAUAAACUGGGUUGUCCGUCCAUCCAGCACUGUUCAGCUGAAGUCUCGCAUCACUUCCUCCUGCCCUCCGUCCUCACAGAGUUGGUCAAUCUGGUCACUUCUCUGGCCAGUGACACCACAGUCAAAGUAUUCGAAAGAAGCAGCUGCCCUCAGGGAGAUAUUUACAUACCUCUGUCAAUCAUCCAGCACAUCAGCCAAUCACCUGCCACCACCAGGAGCUUCAUUCUCAUUGGUCGCAACUUCAGCCAGUGGCAUUGCAGUACUGAGCAAGAAGACAGUUCAGAUGAAGAGAACAGUCCAGUACUAAAUAGGUGCACACCUCAUAAAGGCCUGCAGCGGUUCGAGGCUUUGGAGCACAGUGAUUGGCUGAGCCCGGGUCAGGCUGUGAGGGGCGUGGCUCCACGACAGCGUUUCCUGUUCAUUCACAUCGUCAACAAGAAGGUGACUCUGUACACGUAUAACUGGUCAGUGGAUCUGGGCGGCUCUCUGAAUCAGGCUCUGGUUAGGCUGGUGCAGUGGCAGAACGCUCGCGCACACGUGGUCAACUGCCUCCUGGGUCAGAAAAUGGGCCUUUUCCAUCAUUACUGCUUCUCUGAUACGCCUACACACGAGGAGCUGAAGCAGGAGCAAAACCCAUUCCUGAACUCCACGAUGGAGGCAGACGCUCUAUUAAGGAGUCCGGUUCCUCCGGCCGCCAGUAAGGAUCCGGGUCGACUAGGCAGCUCUGCGCGUGUUCUUCCUCCUCUGCCAUUUCCUGGUGAACUCGUGCCCUUUGAUGAAGCUCUGAGAGACGUCAACACUAACAGACCCCUGAGCAGUCAGGACGGGGCUGAUAUAGUGGCUCGACACGGAGCCCAGCUGCUGGAGGUCAAAGCAGCUGAACGCAGAGAGUUGGAGAGACAGAUGAAGAUCGAGAAUCUGUUUGUGACGUGGCAGCAGCGCUCGGCUCAGUCCAACAUGCCCAUAUCGGUGGCAGAUCUGGACACUCUAAAGCAAUCCUCUAGACUGGUUCAUUACUGCGCCACACCACUGCUCUUUGACCCUGUGUUCAGAAAACAGAUUCAGGAGGAACAGGUGCCACAGCCACAGAUGAAGAAGCGUCAUCGCUCCAGUGACUCGACAGCCUCGGGCCGGGACCGCAGCUACAGCACAGACUCUGCAGAGAUGCUGCCGAGCCGGCUGAAGGAGGAGCCGUGGCUGCAGGACAUCUCCAACACCUUCCUGCAGCAGUACGUGCAGUAUCUGCAGAGCAUGGGCUUCAUCCUGGUGCAGGUCCGGCCGCAGUCGCCAGCACGCAGCAUCGCUCGAGCUCGCGCCGCCAUGUUGAGCUCUCUGUCCACUGAAGGCAGAUCUUCAUUCUCAUCGUUCUCAUAUAAUAAGCAGAAGAGUGAAGACAGCAGCCCUAAGCAGAGCAGUUCGUCAGGCUCUGUGUCGUAUCACCUGCAGAGGGCGCUGCCGGGAGGAAUCGUGCUGAUGGAGCUGGCCUUUCAGGUAAGAGCUUCAUCUUCUGUCUUCAGAGCAGAGUUUUUAUUUUUCAGGCCUCAGAAUCAGCACACAGCAGACACUGGGCUUUUACAACAACACUGAACGUCUCGGCAGACA